CGGGACAGGGCGGAGCCUGGAGGGCAGGCGGGUCCCAGUGCGGGCCCAGGAGCCCCAGCCAAGUGACCCGUACGUGGCUGCCUCCAGGUCGCACCAUGAUCCAACCCGCACCCCGGCUCUCUGUGCCCGCCGCGCUGGCCCUGGGCUCGGCCGCGCUGGGCGCCGCCUUCGCCACCGGCCUCUUCCUGGGGAGCCGGUGCCGUCCCUGGCGAUCCCGGCGAGAGAAGCGCCUGCUGCCCCCUGAAGACAGUCCCCUGUGGCAGUAUCUGCUGAGCCGCUCCAUGCGGGAGCACCCGGCGCUGCGGAGCCUGCGGCUGCUGACCCUGGAGCAGCCGCGGGGAGAUUCCAUGAUGACCUGUGAGCAGGCCCAGCUUCUGGCCAACCUGGCGCGGCUCAUCAAGGCCAAGAAGGCUCUGGACCUGGGUACUUUCACAGGCUACUCAGCCCUAGCGUUGGCCUUGGCGCUGCCCCCGGCCGGGCGCGUGGUGACCUGUGAGGUGAACCCGGGGCCCCCGGAGUUGGGGCGGCCCCUGUGGAGGCAGGCUGAGGAGGAGCACAAGAUCGACCUUCGGUUGAAGCCCGCCCUGGAGACCCUGGAUGAGCUCCUGGCCGCGGGCGAGGCCGGCACCUUCGACAUGGCCGUGGUGGACGCGGACAAGGAGAACUGCACCGCCUACUAUGAGCGGUGCCUGCAGCUGCUGCGCCCCGGAGGCAUCCUGGCGGUCCUCAGUGUCCUGUGGCGCGGAGAGGUGUUAGAGCCUCAACCAGGGAACACGGAGGCCCAGUGCGUGCGAAACCUGAACGAGCGCAUCCUGCGGGACGCCAGGGUCCACAUCAGCCUCCUGCCUCUGGGCGACGGCCUCACCUUAGCCUUCAAGAUCUAGGGCCGGCCCCCAGCGGGUGGCCUCAAGGGAGGGGACCUGGGAACCCCAGACAUCAACCCUGAGUUUUAAAUUCGACAAUAAAGUGGGGCCUGGGACACAA